GAUAAAUGCAGGCAUUUCCUUAUACUAUAUCUUUCAUUCAGAGGAAACAGACUGAAAAUAGCUGCAGCUCUCAAAGUCUCCUUGUAAUUAUCAGUUGGCAGCGACAGUGGGAAGAGGGUUUGUGUGCACAUGUCAGACAGUCAAAGAAAAAUAGGAAGAAGAGAGAGUAUAAAGACAGGGCGAGUCACUCAGUCAAAGCAAAAUGAUCUCACCUCACUGGUCUUUCUUGUUGGUCUGCUUCAGUGCGUAAGAUAUGAGGAACACGCAUGAGCCCUCUCCUGUCAUCACGGGUGAUAUCGAAGACGAAGAAAUGGAAUUAAUACAAUCCUUUUGUAUUGAAUCCAUGGAAAUUUGGUGAAAAGGAGACUUUUUAAGGACAAAAGGAGACUCUAGCCUGGAACUGUUUUGUGUUUGGCUCCUUGUACCAAACAACAGGAAAAGAGACCAAUUUCUGCUGCAUUAUAAAGUAAGUGGACGCAAUAUGACAACAAGCUAUGUAUGAGAAGAGGCAUUGUGGAGAUUAACAUAUAUUUGCAAUGAAUACCUGUCAGCAUGAUAGGGAAGGUACCACAUUUCCAUGAAAAGGAAAGCAGUCCUCCCAGGGGUCUCCCAAACAAAAGCUGGACUGGUGACAUGAUUUACAAAUCUUUCCGGGAUGGUCUUCAGGCUCAGCACGUCACCACACUGGGAACCAAUCCUUGUUUAGCUGGACACAUCAAAUUAAUCACAUAUGUUUCUGUGACUUCUGGAUUUGAUAUAUUGAAGUUUUGGUUCUAGAUGUCUCAGUCACAUCCUCCACCAGACUCGCAGGCCCUGCUGCAGUCUAUGCUGCAGAAACUGAAGCUCCAGCCUGGAAGACAGGGUCAGACAUCUGCACAAUCACCUGUGGACUUCUCUGCCGGUUCCGUAUCAGGGCAAGUUGGGGAGACAGGAGUAUCCAACGUCCAGCAAGUUGCCAACAGUCCCGUGAAUGCGUUUGGUGUUAAUGGAGGUGCCUCAAAAGAGUUCAGGAUCUCUGCAAGCCCUGGGAACAGUAACUUUGAAAUGCAGCAACCACGUCCUCAAAUUGAAGCAAGUGGACAUCCAGGUUCCUUCCUUUUUCCAAAAGUCCACACUGAUGGUGACACGGGUGAGAACUAUGUUCUGGGACAGGCCACAUGGCCCAGGGUCAUCCCGGUGGGAGGGACAGGGCAGGUGUUUCCUGCUAAAACACCUAAGGAUGCUGAUCUCACUUCCUCUGAGUGGACAGAAGGGGAGAUGAUGAGUUUUGGCAGCAUUUCACUGAAAGGUCACAUCUCUCCUAUUGCAGACUCUUUUUCAGGCACAAGACUAAAUCAGAACCAGGUCCAUGGGCUUGCACCUAAAGGUAAUUUCUGGUCCACAGAAAGCAUAUUUUCUGAAACAGUUGGUCAAGAGAAUAAAGGGCUGCAUUUGGGAAAUGGAGGAAGUGGAGGUUUGGAGCAAAAUAAAUACACGCAGAUUGUGUCAAGUAGCCAAAACACAGCAAACGGCAGGAGAAAGCAGCGAUCAUCUGAGAAUAAAACAAAAAGAUGGACACAGAAGAUUAAGGAGAGAUGGAAGGACAGACAAGCGAGUUCUGGCAAAAAGGGAAAAGAGGACGGAGGGAUAGCGGACCAGAGGAUCGGGCAAGGAACCUGGGUACAGAUGGGAGAAAAUGUCAUCAGCAUGCCACAAAAGGAAGAAAGCAAAACAAUUCCUGCACAAACGGAGGAAGACACUACCGACAACAACAACAGGUCCACCAGUGAUUUUGAGAUCGGCCUCGGGUCUUUCAGUCUGCUGGAUGAGAUAGUCAAGGGUCAAGAGUGGGCCAAGUUCAUAAACCCCAACGUUUCAUCCACCUUAGUGAAUCACAGACCAUCACAGCAGUCGCUGAUCCACCCGAAAGUUCAACCAUGUCAUCACAGUACUGAUCAGUCACCUGGGAUUUUGAACCAGCUUGCAGGUGGGCACGACCAGUUCCCACCUGCAAGCAUGGGCCCUGGUGGUUUCACGACCGCCGAAUCAUCACCAGCUACAGUCUUGAGCAUGGCACAGUCAUGGCCUCAUACUUUCCCGCCUGUCAGCAUGGACCUACAGAGUAUUCAAAGAGAGACUGGCCGUUCAGAAGCAAUGGAAGAUGGUCAGAACCAGUCAGGUUUUCAAGGAGGCGGUGGCCAGGAGCUGCGUCUUAGACCUUCAUCAUUUAUACAGCCUGCAGAAACUCCAUACAGUUCAGUGGUAAAAAGCAGACUCCUGACCAGAAAGAGGCAGCAUCACUCAGCUGUGGGAACGGAUCAGAGGCUUCACUUAAAGGGAAUAAGUGAUGGAGAAGAAGCAGAACAAGCAAGGUCAACGUGUUCACCGCGUCCAUCCAGCUGCUACACGAUGGAUAAAACCGGAGAGUUGCAGCAGGAUACUGUUAUAUCUUUAUACAGCCAAAACUCUCCUGCCUCGCCAUCUUUGUCCUCGUCUAACCCUUUUGCUCCUGCGCCCAGGGGUGUCCUCAGACACAGUAUGUCCCAGGUGUCAGAGGCCUCAAUGGAAACGAUCACAAAAAGGAGACGGGUUGAGGAGAACCGACGGGUACAUUUCUCCGAGGACUUAGUGACCAUCUCAUCUCCAGACAUGGACCUGGAUGAUUCAGAUUCAGAGGAGGAUUCAGGAGCAGAGGAGGACUCAAUGACGGAGCAGGAUUGUGAAGCGGCCCGGGCAGUGAGUGCGGAGGUGGCAUCGGUCCGUCGGCCUGUCCUUCCUGCCUGGAUACAGGCACUGAAGAAGAGGAAUAGAGGGAGGAAGCACAGAUAAGGACUUUUAACCACUGACCUUCUUAGGUCAUCUAAUUUACUGAGACGGUCUGUAUCAGAAGAGAUUUCUCUGCGGUUGAAAUAUUGUAGAAAAGUGUGUUUUCAGAAGUCUAGUCAGACCAACAGAGUCACAGCUCUUAAACAUGUGGGCUGCAUUGCAAUCUAAUGUUUUUAUACUCAUUCUCUGAAAUGUUUGAUUUUUAAGAUUAAAAAGAGUAUUAAAAACCAAGUUUAAUCCUCUGUGGAGAAUUGGUCCUCUUACCACACCUUCUUCCUCUGUCACCCUGCUUUUUAAACUUGUAAUAACGUGAAGAACUUUGAUAUUUAUCUAUAGACUAUCAGUUUAAUUUAAAAUGAUUUUGCCUUUAUUUUUUGUUGUUUUUUUUUUUUUUCAAAAAAAAGUGCAGUUCCAUCUUUUUCUGGACUGCAUUUAAUUUUAAUCCAGUUUACUGUUGUGUUUUUUUUACAUAUUCUUCUACCACUUUCAUUAGUUUCAGACCCAUCAGCAGCAGACUGCUUUCUGCUUGACCGUCUGGAUCACUGACUCUGAACAUAUCCUGUCUCUUGAUAAUGGCUCCCUGUCAGUCCAAUGCAGAAACUGAUCCCAGAGGAGGAAGGACAUGUGAUAUGGCGCUGAAGUGCCAGCUAAAGACAGUCAGCAGAUUCUGACUGACUGUUGCUCUUCAUCCCAGUCAUGUGCAUCAUCAUCAUCAACAUCAUGUACAUAUCAUUGAUAUAGAACAAAUAUGUCAUGACUGUUAUAUACUUUUUAAAAUCUCAGGAUUCACAAUCUUUAAGAAUAUUAAAGUUUUAUAUUAGAAUUUAAGGAGAAUAUUAAAAGAGCAGUUCAACAA